AUGACAGACAACGAGAGCCCCGAGAGGCGGCGACCGCGGAGAAUGAGCGCCAUGUACCGCCGUGGCUCCCACCUGAGCGAGGCAAGCUUCAUGGAAGAUGUCGAGAUGGCCCAAGAUGAGGUAUUCGAACUCGCACCCAUGCCUCCUUCCCGCCCUUCCUACAAUCCUCGUGGAAGGAAGCCUGGCCAGCAGCUGACGCCGAAAAUCCAGGUCUUCUCCGGUCCCAUGAGCGAAAGCGUCCCCACGAGCGUAUCCGGGUUCCGCCACCGACGGUCGCGCGCCGAUUCGAGCGCAAGUUUGACGAGCUUCGCAUUCUAUGAUGAAGAGCAGGAUUCAGAGGGUGAGGAUGAGGAUAGCGCGAUAUUGGAAGAUGGAGACAGCACGUACAACAACGGAUAUACUGUGUCAGAAUUGGAGGACCUCGAGGCGGGCGUAUCGUCACAGUCGUCGCAUUCACCCUCACCAUCGCGGCGAAAAUCGAGUGGCAGCAGGAAAUCAUCUGAGAGACCACUAUUGCGGAGGCAUUCUUCGGCAGGCAGUGCAGGCUCGGGCAUCGACUGGAGAGGGCGCAGGUCGAACCAGAAGAUCUACAUCAUGACCGAGGAUCUGACCAUCGUCAUCGCCGGCUUCAAAACAUCCCCCUUCGGCUAUGCGCUGUAUGCGCUCCUAUGUAUCGCGACUCUGGGUCUCGGCUGGCUUCUGUUCAGAUGGCUGCCACGAUGGAGGGUUGCGAUAAUUGGAAAAACCACACCACUCAAGGAGUGCGACUGGAUCGUCACCGAGAACCAAUGGGGAGAGUUUGCGGUACAACAUGUCAGCAAGCAAACCUAUGGGCGUUCGCUAUCCACCGUAUUUGGCGACCCUGAAAAGGGACGACCAAGGGAAUGGGAUGAAGAAGAUGACCCGCUCAUCGGAGAGUUGAGAUGCCUGGACUACCGCUAUAUCCGCUUUGUAUACCACCCCAUCAAGGACAAGUUCGUGCUCGCCAACACCUGGAAGGAUCCCACCUGGACAGAAGUCUCAGCUCUCCGCGAGGGUCUGGACAACGAUGAACGAGACUACCGCGAACUCGUAUUCGGAAAGAACGUCAUCGACAUCGCCGAGAAGACUAUCGGUCAGCUCUUGGUUGAUGAGGUCUUCCACCCUUUCUAUGUCUUCCAAAUUGCCAGUCUGAUCCUUUGGUCCAUGGACGAGUACUACUACUACGCCUGUGCCAUUUUCAUCAUAUCGGCUGUCAGUAUCGUCACCACACUUAUCGAAACAAAGGCUUCCAUGAAGAGACUACGCGAGGUUUCAAAGUUCGAAUGCGAUAUUCGUGUACUACGCAGCGGUUUCUGGACCCACGUCGACUCUGCCGAGCUCGUACCUGGAGAUGUCUACGAAGUCACCGACCCUUCCCUUGCACUAUUCCCAUGCGACAGUCUGCUGCUCUCCGGAGACUGUAUCGUUAACGAAAGUAUGCUGACUGGCGAGUCGAUCCCUGUUUCCAAGAUGCCCAUGUCGAACCAGGCCCUGGACCUGCUAGACCUCAGUGCAUCGGCAGUCCAUCCCGAAGUUGCACGACACAUGUUGUUCAGUGGAACCAAGAUUAUCCGCGCUCGCAGACCACAUGAAGACCACGUUGAUGACGAAGCUGCUGCGUUGGCCAUGGUUGUUCGCACUGGUUUCAAUACUACCAAGGGCGCGUUGGUCCGAUCCAUGCUCUUCCCUAAGCCGUCAGGAUUCAAAUUCUAUCGCGACUCUUUCCGGUACAUCUCCGUCAUGGCAUUCAUUGCUAUGAUUGGAUUCGUCGCAUCUUUCAUCAACUUUGUGCAUCUGGGUCUCGCAUGGCACUUGAUUGUCGUGCGAGCUCUCGAUCUCAUCACUAUUGUCGUUCCUCCUGCGCUCCCAGCUACUCUCACUAUCGGUACUAGCUUCGCCCUAUCGCGCUUGAAGCAGAAGCAGAUCUUUUGUAUCAGUCCACAGCGAGUCAACGUAGGUGGCAAGCUGGAUGUAGUCUGCUUUGACAAGACUGGAACGCUCACUGAGGAGGGUCUCGAUGUUUUGGGAGUUCGCGUGGUUGAGCGACCGAGGAACAGGUUCAGCGAGCUGCUUCCAGACGCUUAUGACAUCCUCCCUGCAUCCCAGCAUGACCGCGACCCAACUGUGGAGUACCUCGCUCACAAGACGAUCCUAUACACUAUGGCUACUUGUCACUCACUCCGUAAGAUCGACGAUGAGCUAGUAGGGGACCCACUCGAUGUCAAGAUGUUCGACUUUACUGGCUGGAGUUACGAGGAAGGAGAGCAGAAGGCUGGCAACGGUGGUGACGAUGACGAGCAGAAGCUUUCGCCGUCUGUUGCUCGACCGCCACCGGGCCGAGAGUAUGAUGUUGACGACGUUGAAGACGACGCCAACAGGAAGCAAGUCGAGCUCGGUGUAUUGAAGGCUUUCGAGUUCGUCUCCCAGCUACGAAGGGCUAGUGUCAUCGUUCGACAAUUCGGUUCCAAGAGCGGACAGGUAUACGUCAAGGGCGCGCCCGAAGUCAUGAAGGAGAUCUGCCGACCUGGAAGCUUCCCGACCGACUAUGAGGAGCUUCUAGCCUUCUACACCCACCGCGGAUUCCGUGUCAUCGCCUGCGCUACCAAGACUAUUCCCAAACUCAACUGGCUCAAGACUCAAAAGAUGAGGCGUGAGGAGGCAGAGAGCGACCUGGACUUUGUCGGUUUCAUCAUCUUUGAGAAUAAGCUCAAGGACAGCACAGCACCGGUUAUUGAAGAGCUCGAACGCGCCAACAUUCGCAAGGUCAUGUGCACUGGUGACAACAUCCUCACUGCUAUCAGCGUAGCCCGCGAGUGUGGUCUCAUUAACAAGACAGCCCACUGCUUCGUACCACACUUCGAAGAGGGCGAUUCUCGUACAGCGUUAUCAAAGCUCAGCUGGGAAAGCGUAGACGACCCCGUCUUCAAGCUCGACGACAACACCCUCAAACCCCUACCCCCACCACCAGAAGCCGACGUAUCUCUCCCCUACGACAUCUCCAACCUCCGCAACUACAGCCUAGCCGUCUCCGGCGACGUCUUCCGCUGGAUCGUUGACUUCGCUUCAGAAUCCGUCCUCCGGGAAAUGCUCGUCUGCGGCCAAGUCUUCGCCCGCAUGUCGCCCGACGAAAAGCACGAAUUGGUUGAGAAACUGCAAAGUAUCGACUACUGCGUCGGCUUCUGCGGCGACGGCGCAAACGACUGUGGUGCCCUCAAAGCAGCAGAUGUAGGCAUUUCUCUCAGUGAAGCCGAAGCCUCGGUCGCUGCGCCUUUUACCUCGCGCCAGUUCGAUAUCAGCUGUGUCCCACAGGUUAUCAAGGAAGGUCGCGCUGCGCUUGUCACGAGUUUCAGCUGCUUCAAGUACAUGUCCCUGUACAGCGCGAUUCAAUUCUGCUCCGUAUCCUUCCUCUACGCCAGCGCAUCCAACCUCGGCGACUUCCAGUUCCUCUUCAUCGACCUUUUGCUCAUCCUGCCUAUCGCCAUCUUCAUGGGCUGGUCUGGCGCUUACCCCAUUCUAAGCCGCAAACGACCCACCGCCAACUUGGUUUCCAGAAAAGUCCUUACGCCGCUUCUGGGCCAGAUGGUGCUUUGCAUCAUCGUCCAGUUUGUGGCAUUCAUCUACGUCCAGAAACAGGAAUGGUACAUGGCCCCCGUCAUCGACCCGAACCACAGCAACUCGCUCAACUCGCAGAACACGGCGCUCUUCCUCACAUCAUGUUUCCAGUAUAUCUUCUCCGCCGUCGUACUCAGCGUGGGGAAACCAUAUCGCGAACCCAUGUCCCGCAACCUGCCGUUUGUAACGACAAUUUUCGUUACGCUGGCUAUUACUUUGUACAUGCUGUUUGACCCCGCGGCGUGGGUCAUGUCGGCUAUGGAGUUGACUUAUCUGGAUACGCCGUUCAAGGUGUUUAUCUUGGCGUUGGGACUAGGCAAUUUUGCCAUGGCGUACCUGGGCGAGAAAAUGCUGUUUCCUGGUUUGAGCAAGUGGAUUGGAGUUGCGAAGGUGAAGUUUGGUGGCAAGGGCAUGCAGAAGAAGAGGAAGGAGUAUAAGAUUAUACAGGAGAGCAUGAGGAUGUAG